UAUGUAGAUACAGCACCUGAUGCAUGUAGUCCAGUAAGUUUUCCAUGAUAUCAAUCCGCUCUGUGUUGUCAAUAGAAGUGGAGUUCAACAUACUGGUCAGCUCGAGGAUUGUCUCACGGACCAAGCAUUGAACAUGGAAAAAGAAGGACAGCAGUGUGUUAUAAAAUGUGACCUGUGUAACGCUACUGAAAAUGUAGAUAGCUUUUGUAAGAACUGCAGAGAGACCUUAUGUGACCGCUGCUGUGAAAUCCAUUCCAAGAGCGUAGCCUCUAGAGAUCACGAGAUUAUAUCACGUGUACAAGCUUCUGCUUAUGGCAUCGUGGACGACAUGAAAUGUCCUUCCCAUGGUGGUAAGCAUUGCGAAAUGUACUGUGUCACAUGUGAUUCAGUAGUCUGCACAAGAUGCGUUACAGACAACCAUCGUGGACAUGAGUUUGAUGAACUCAAAGAACUUUUCAGGAGAAAACCAAAAGAAUUUGAAAACUUAGUUAAGAUUUUCAAUCAGAAAAUUACACCAAAAUAUCUUAAAGAGUGUGAAAUUCUAGAAGGAAGGCUGUCACAGAUUGACACAAAUCAAGUGUCCAUGGAAUCCGAGAUUCACUUUCAAGCUGAAGAAUUCAAGAAAGGAAUAGAAACGUUAGAAGAAAGACUUAAAAGAAUGUUGCAGGGUGUGAUCAGUAAUGAAAAAGCACCAGUAAAAAAAUUACUGGUGUCAAGAAAAGCACAGUAUGCUCAGCUGCAAAAAGCCAUAAACAAAAUGCAAUCAAUAUUUGAAAAUCAACACAUGACGAAUCUUCCUUUACUCCUUACAAAGAUAAGACAAACAUUAGAAGCAACAGUUAUGCAAGAGGGGGUGAGUGUUUCUACUGAAAUGGCUUCAUUUGAAAAGGGUGAAAUUUCCUUGGAGAAACUAGAGACUUUCUUUGGGCAUUUUUGUAUAAGUGCAACAGAGGAUUUGAGAAAAAGAACAUUACCUCCAGUAAAGAUAUCCAUAUCCAUUGAAAAAGUAAUUGAAAUGUCCAACUUUAAAGUCAGGGUAUCUGAUGUCUCUUCUGUUACUAUAGUUAGUGAAAAAGAGUUACUCAUCAGUGGAAACAAAUUUGGCUACCAGAUUACAAAAGAAAAGGGACAAUUUCAAAUGGAAGUUUUUGAAAAACAUGGACUCCAGCCACCUGUAGCAGUGCUGUCCAAUGGACUUCUAUUGGCCAGAGAUGAGCAAAGUCCAAAUAGAAUAGUGCAAAUCUUAUCAAACCAUGUCAGGAAGCCCUACCUGGAAGUAGAAUUUGUAGAGGUGACAGGAAUUCAUGUAACAAGGAGGAGUGAAAUUCUAAUCUCAGUGACUCAAGUGGAAGACUCUUGUGGAGAAGUUUUAAAAUAUAACAGAGUUGGGGAGAUGGUGUUGCGCAUUUAUGAGAAAUGUUCUGGAGAGGCGUUGUUUGCUAAACCGACAUCCCUUACAGAAAACCUUAAUGGUGAUAUCUGGGUCGUAGAUGCAGAGACUAACUCUAUCGAAAUCAUGGAUAAGUAUGGACUUUACAGAUUUUCCUAUAAAAAUAGUGACAUCCUGAAAAACUUUAAACCUCAUACACUAACUAAUGAUUCUAAUGGAAACAUUUUGAUAUCAGACACCGGAAAUGGAAAUAUUCAUGUAGUGGACCGUGAUGGCCGGGCAUUAAGGUAUCUGGACACCACCAGCCUUGGGAUCAGACCCAGUGGUAUAGCAGUGGAGGGUCCUGGACAGAUCUGGACAGUAGACAGCCUUAAGAAAAACUGUUACCUUCUAAAUUACUUUUGAUCUGUGGUUUAUUUCUGAAAUUCAAGUUUUAUUAUCCCUCUACUAUCAUUACUUUAUACUAAAUGAUUGAGUACAAUACUACUAUCUGUUUCCCUGAAAAUACACUAUUCCCCCAUCUGAAAACUACUCCCUGUAAAAUCAUUGCUAAUCCAUGGGACUACUCUUUUUUUUUAUUAAUCAAAAUGCUGGGUAGGUAGAGCAUUCCAAUUAUCAUAUCUCUGGGGCCUAAAUAAAAAUUUGUUUGCAGUUGCCUACCGACCCACUCAAAAUGCACCCGGACCAAACUUUUUUUCAGCCAUUUUUAAGAACUUUUUUUUUUUGAAAAUUUUUUAUUUUUCAGGAUAUUGAAAGCUUUUUCAUUUUCUAUUUUUUUAUUUUUGUUUUUACCAGUAAGUGGAUUAUUAUAAAUGGAGGUUAUUUACGUAAGUAACCCUACCAAAAUUUCCAUGGCUUGUUAUCAAACAAAAACCCUAAAACUAAAAUCUAUUUAAAAAGGAACAUCCCUACCUACCUACUCUAAAAAUCAUAGGUCGGCAACUGCAAACAAAGAAUUUUUUAAGCUUUGCCUGGCAAAAUGUAAUUAGCAGACAUUGGAGUCACUUUAACAUUAACUGUUGAAACUAAAUUUAUUGAAUAUCUGUAAUAAGAAGUUAUUAUUAGUCCCCACCAGUGACACUGGAAGGGACUAAGGGUUUCCUCAUCAUCUGUCUGUCUGUUUGUCUGUCCCACUUAGUUUUCCACACUUUUUUUUCUAAACUCUUACUUAUAUUCAGCUGAUUUUUAGCAUGCAAAGGCAAGGACAAACAAUAUUAUCCAAAAUAUAUGCUUCAUGUACCUUACACUUAAAUUAUAUCAUGUGACAUAAGGAUGUAUUCGUUAUAACAAAAGAUUUGACCUAUAGGAGAGAACAAUUUUCCGGAAAAAGUCACAUUUAAAAAUCAAUGUUCUUUAGUUGUUUUCUAUCAUAUAUUUGUCUAAAUUUUUCAAAUUUGCAUUUUGAACCUAAUUUUUUUUUAUUUGCAACUUUGAAAUUAACCUCCAAAGUUGCUCAAAACAGUAUUUUGUUCGUUAAAGCACUAAUUUUUGCGUGAAUUUUGGCAUAGAAGUCCUUCAAGGCAGGCCUGCCCCUAAAUUAAAUUGUGAAAUUUUGAUAGAUUUUGAUCUAAAGAAUGAUUUAAAACAAGAUUUUUUAGGGGCACCCCUGCCUUAGGGUCGAAAUUUGUAAAAAACCUACAAAAAUGUGAAAACCUAUUUCUAUCAUACUGGAUUAUAUUUAUGACGAAUAUUUUCAUAGUCAGUAUAGCUCAGAGAGAUAGAUCACAGACUCUCACCAUGGACAUUUUUAGUGUCCUGAUUUGAAUCCACCUGUUGGAACACUUUUAUUUUUUCAAAAUUUUUCACCUGUAUAAACACGAAUUUAACUUUUUUUAUCAGGCUUUUGCAUUUUAUUUCGGUUUUCUUCCUUAAAUGUAUGUUUGCUGUUGAUAUAAAAGACAUUUAUGGAAAUGCAGAUUAUAAAUUCUCUUUAACUUAACGCAAUCAACCGGAACUAUACCUCAGUGUAAGCACACUUUGUUCGAGGACACGAAUCAUACACUUUGUGUUACUCGAUACUGCAGGUGUCAUCAAAAAUUGCUGUGUUUGUCUUUCAAGAGCAUCUCUGGGUAAUAGUACUGUUUUGCCAUUGGGAGAGAUACUGUGCUAUGCAGAGUAGAUGCAGUUCAUUCCUCGGGAAAAUUGUGUGCAUUGGCGACAUGUUAUGUCAAAAAUGCAGGAGGAAGGUUUACAGAUUAGAAAAGAACGUGGUAAGGUCAGUUAAUGUUUUAUGCCCCGUUGCCAUUACCCAGGCAUCAAGUAAGGACCCUCAUACAAAGGAUGUAUCUGUAAAAUUAUACCGAUGUAGGGUCAUUUGAAGACACAGUUGACUAGAACUAAAAUGAUACAUGAGAAACAAAUGCAAGAAACUACAUGCAUGUGGCCUAAAGUCAGGGACUGGAAUGGAUAUCGAUAAGCUUUUUCUAAAGACUGAAACCAAUAUCGGCCCUAUAGGUCAACGCCUAUAUUAACCUAGAAGUGAUCCUUUGAAGUAUUUAUUAAGUUGUGAUGUUAUAAAUCAUGUGGUGAAUUGUAAAAUUCAACAGGUCACAUUGUGGACAUAAUUAGCUAGAUAUACAUGUACAAUAAACAGAGCAAAUGUAAGAAGAAUGUGGGGGGUUUUUUUUCCUUUUUUUUUUUUAAAUAUGUGUGCAUGUUUAUCUGUUUAUCUCCUUUUGUCAGAAAUUUAUGUAAACAAAUAUACAGUUACAUUACAUGGAGAACACCAGUCUAACAUGCUCUGACUAUGUAUUACAAGUAUUAAAGUCAGUAAAAAAAGUGGACCUCCUCAUUAUCAUAUGGAAAUUGAAGAAACUGAAAUGACCGCUACCUUUGAAAACAACUUUUUAGAUAAGAACUUUUAAUAAAUGUAAUAAUGUAAAGUUGCAGUUAAGAUAUUGACCAUUCCUGCAAUUGAAAGAAGAUGCUUGUUUUUGAAAUCCUUUACAGACAAACAGACAGAUGGAUGGGCACCUAAUCAUCUACUAUCUUUUCUGAUC